CUAAAGUUCUUCUGAUGGUUCUCUGUGCCUCUCUUGUUCUUGCUGUUGGGAGUCUCUGUGUUUUGGGGGUCCUGUAUUAUAAUAAAUGUGUAGAUUUUGGAUCGUUGACUAUGAAGCACAACAUGGUUUCAAUGCAACUGUCAAUUCAAGAGAUUAACAACACAUGCAUGGAAAGAGAGUGUCAUGAAUUAAAUGCCAAAUUCGACAGAUUAAAAUCUUACUUUAAUGAUGGUCAGUCUUGCAAUCUCUCUGUGGAUGGCUGGACAGUUUGUCGUGGACUGCUUUACUUCAGUGCUGAGAAACACAACUGGUCAAAGAGUCGUGAUGUGUGCGUUUCAAAGGGAGCUGAUCUGGUCACCAUUACCAGCCAAAAUGAACAGGAUUUUCUGGUGUCUAAAAUUAAAGAGACUCACUGGAUCGGUCUUAAUGAUCUGGAGACUGAGGGCCGGUGGGUUUGGGUGAAUAACCAAACUCUUGAAGAGACAGGAGUAGAGUUCUGGUUCGGAUCUGUGCAAAAAGAACCUGACAACUGGAAAGUUCAGGAUCCGUCCGGAGAGAACUGUGCCAGUCUGGGAGACCGCAACGGCAAUUUACACACUUGGUUUGAUGGUUCUUGUAAACAGCAGAAAAAGUUUAUCUGUGAAAACAAAUAUUAAUUUACUUCCAGAUAUGAAGGAAAAGAGGCGUUUUGUAAGCGCAGUUUAUUAACACAAAACACAAAUAUCAAGUUUUGAGCUGAUUAAUGUUAAAAAAAAUUGUAUCAGAUUUAAAUUCUUUGUUUUUCUUUCAAAACAUUUAGCUUUAGUUUAUGCUGGCUGAUACUGUAUACAUUCAAAGCAAACGUUUGUAUUUAGACCAUUUAUCUUUUGAGCGACACUGCUUCCUAAAGCCUUGUUCACACCGCCAGCAACUGGCAGCGAAAGAGCGACAUGAUCUCAUUCAUUUCAAUAGUAGCUUAGCUACAUCUGGAGACACGAAUUGCUCAACUUUAUGCAAAUGAUGAGCGACUUUCGGA